UUUUAUCUGUGAUUAUGCUCUCAUAUGUGGCUGUGUAAUCCUGUGUGUAGACCGACAGGAUGUUGUUGUCACGUCGCAGCAGGGCGGCAUGUUCAGGGCAGCCACAAGCUGACGAGGGCUUCUCAAAAGGAGGAUUGCUGUUACCAAGGACUGUUCUGUUUUUGGAAGCGUGCGUGGAUGCGUGCGUGGUAGAGCGAGUGAGAGAGCGACGGUGAGGUGAAGAUGGUGGACCGGCUUGCGAACAGCGAGGCCAACUCCAAGCGGAUCGGCGUGGUGGAGGGCUGCUUCGGCGCGGCGGGCCAGCCGCUCGCCAUCCCCGGCCGCGUGCUGAUCGGCGAGGGCGUCCUCACCAAACUCUGCCGCAAGAAGCCCAAGGCGCGGCAGUUCUUCCUCUUCAACGACAUCCUGGUCUACGGCAACAUCGUCAUCCAGAAGAAGAAGUACAACAAGCAGCACAUCAUCCCGCUGGAGAGCGUCACCAUCGACACCGUGCCGGACGAGGGCGACCUGCACAACGGCUGGCUCAUCAAGACGCCCACCAAGUCCUUCGCCGUGUACGCCGCCACCGCCAACGAGAAGUCCGAGUGGAUGAACCACAUCGGGAAGUGCGUCGGGGACCUGCUGCAGAAGAGCGGCAAGGCGCCGACGGGCGAGCACGCCGCCGUGUGGGUGCCCGACUCGGAGGCGACGGUGUGCAUGCGCUGCCAGAAGGUGAAGUUCACGCCGGUCAGCCGGCGCCACCACUGCCGGAAGUGCGGCUACGUGGUGUGCGGGCCGUGCUCGGAGAAGAAGCACCUCCUGCCCAGCCAGUCGUCCAAGCCCGUGCGCGUCUGCGAGUACUGCUACGUGCAGCUGACGUCGGGCGGCCUGGCGCCGCGCUCGGACUCCAUCACCCGGCUCGGGUCGAAGUUCAACAACCUGUCGGACGACGACGACGACGACGACAGCAGCGACUGAGGAUCAAGGCCACCCCCCCCCGCCCCCCACCCCUACGGCGAAGAGGAAACACUUCCCUUUUCUUUUGAGUUUCUUUCUCCUCCCACAUGAUCGAAUCAUGCGCCGCCCUCCUCCGAGGAUUCAUAUUUUAAUUCUCUUCAAACCAAAAUAUAUUAUUUUUUUCCCCUCUAAUUCCAGCAUGGAUACAUGUUGUUGUGUUUUUCCUGAGAACCGUGAUUCAAACAAUGACGUGUGGAAUUAGCCCGGGGCGACCGGCACAGCUCUGGGAGACAGACUUGACUCUUCUUCAUCGCUCCCACUCUGCUCCGUCUCUUUUGACUCUCGAUUAGGCUGCGAUUGGUCACUACAGAACUCAAUGGUGCUAAUGAGAAACACCCCCCUCCUCUUCUCUCUCUCUCUCUCUCUCUCUCUCUCUCUCUCUCUCUCUCCUCUUUAAGUUUAUUUCGUCUAAGAGGCUUCUUUUUUUUUUGCUCCAGUUUUUAUUUUAUUGAACUGAACAAGGUGAUUGUGCUUGUAAUUUCUGCAGGGAACGCAAAUGUUUUGGGCUCUAACCUUUUUAUCUCCUCUGUCCUUCAGGUAAUGACACCAAACUGUUUUUUUUUUGUUUUUUUUUCUACUAGAAGUUUGGUAUUUUUCUUCCCUAUUUUGUAAAUUUCCCUCAUGCAAAAAAAAUUUCAAGAUCCCUUUUUUGAUAUAAAUAACAUGUAGAUAUUACUCUAAACCCAGAGCUUUUUCUAGUUGACCUAAUAUAGUUGCUUCUGACAAAUCAGCUGAAGUUUCUCACAGUGAG